AUGCGGUUACACUCAAUCUUUAAUUGGGCAGCUCUUGUUGCGCCUAUCACCGCUUCAGCCAUUCCUGAAGGAAAGAGAAUCGCCAAAGCCUUUACACCUGCGAGACCGAUAUCAUUCAGCAAGAAGCGAUCCUCUGCUCACCAAGCGCGACAAUGCGGAGAUGUCUCGGUAACGUUCAACGAGCUUGUCACUACGCAAUGGGGAGAAAGCAUACAAAUCGUGGGAUCGAUUGAUGCGCUGGGAAACUGGGAUACUGCCAGCGGCGUGGCACUUUCAGCAGAUCAGUAUACCGCUGAUAAUCCGUUGUGGAGCGCAACAGUUUCCUUGACGCCUGGAACACAGAUCAAUUACAAGUACAUCAGAAUCGGAACAGACGGCAGCAUUACUUGGGAAGCAGACCCAAACCACAGCUAUACAGUACCGACGGAUUGCUCCACCACGGCGACUGUGUCGAAUACCUGGCAGCAGACUGGGACCUCGACGACGACCACCGCAUCUUCAACCACCUCCACCAGCGCUCCGAACUCGACUUGCACAAAUGGUCCGAAUGCCAGAGACUGCUGGAGUGAUGGAUACUCGAUCGAGACGGAUUUCGAUGAGGACUGGCCAAACACGGGAAGGACUGUUACUUAUGACUUCACAAUCACCAAUACAACUCUUGCCCCUGAUGGAUUCGAGAGGCAAGGCUUUGCUGUGAAUGGGCAGUAUCCUGGACCGACCAUCUAUGCGAACUGGGGCGAUAUCAUUGCGGUCACGGUUCGCAAUGAGCUGGCAGACAACGGUACAGCGAUUCAUUGGCAUGGCUUGCGAUUGUUCCAGGACAAUGUGCAAGACGGUGUCCCUGGUGUGACGGAAUGUCCAAUUGCACCGGGUCAAAGCAAGACGUACACUUUCCAGGCUACUCAAUACGGCACCUCGUGGUACCAUUCACACUUCUCGGCUCAGUAUGGCGAUGGAGUUCUGGGGCCGAUUGUCAUUUAUGGCCCAGCGAGUGCAGACUACGACGAGGAUCUCGGGCCUCUUCCGAUCACGGACUGGUACUACCCAGGUGUCUACGUGACGUCCUCGAGGGCAAUGCACCAGAACGCUCUCGCUCCCACUGCGGACAACGGUCUGAUCAACGGCACCAUGGUAUCGACCUCAGGCGGCGCAUACGCCCAAACGAUCCUCCAAGCCGGCAAGAGACAUCGUCUCCGCCUCAUCAAUACCGCCGUCGACAACCACUUCGCUUUCUCCCUUGACAGCCACACCAUGACCGUCAUCUCGGCCGACUUCGUCCCCAUCGUCCCAUACAACACGAGCUGGGUCUUCAUCGGCAUCGGCCAACGCUACGACGUAAUCAUCACCGCCGACCAAGAACCCACAAGCUACUGGUUCCGCGCCGAAGUCCAAGACACCGCAGGCUGCGGCUCCAACUUCCAAAACGGCAACAUCCUCUCCAUCUUCUCCUACGAAGGCUCCGAGAACGUCACGCCCACCAGCUCCGGCAUAGCAUACACCAAGCGCUGCACGGACGAGACCGAGCUCGUGCCCUACUGGAACUCGUACGUCCCCCAAGGCGAAAUCCAAUCCAACUUCGAACAGCUCGACACCGCCAUCAACCAAUCCACCGCCGCCGACGGCUCCCUCACCCUCUACUGGCAAGUCAACGGCACGCCCCUCAAAGUCGACUGGAGCACCCCCUCCCUCUCCUCCAUCCGCGACGCCGAAACCUCCUGGCCCGCCCGCGCCGGCGCCAUCGAGCUCCCCACCGAGGGUCAGUGGACGUACUGGGUCAUCACCGAGGGCAUCGGCAACCCCUUCACCGUCAACAUUCCGCACCCGAUCCAUCUCCACGGCCACGAUUUCUACGUCCUCGGCUGGGGAACGUCCGCGUGGAGCGAGGCCGAUGCGCAGAAUUUGAAUUACGAGAACCCUAUGCGGAGGGAUGUCGCCAUGUUGCCCACGAAUGGGUGGUUGGCGCUUGCGUUUCGCACGAAUAAUCCUGGCGCGUGGUUGAUGCAUUGUCAUAUUGCCUGGCACGCCGACGAAGGCUUCGCGGUGCAGUUCAUCGAGAACCGCGCGAAUAUGCUCACCAUCGACCCCCUGCCGUCCGAUUACGAUAGUCAGUGUGCGGCGUGGGAUGCGUAUUUCCCGAGUAAUUCGUAUUAUGCGCAGACGGAUUCGGGGAUUUGA